AUCUGGGAUCCUCUGAUCCCUUCCGUGACCGCACCACGCCGGAGAUGAAUCUACGGUCUGUAUUUACUGUAGAACAACAAAGGAUUUUACAGCGUUAUUAUGAAAAUGGAAUGACAAAUCAAAGUAAAAAUUGCUUUCAGCUCAUAUUACAGUGUGCACAGGAGACUAAGCUGGACUUCAGUGUAGUCAGGACGUGGGUUGGCAAUAAGCGAAGAAAAAUGAGUAGUAAGAAUUCUGAAUCAGGAACAACAACUGGAACUGUUUCUGGUACCUCUUUGGCAGCUCCAGAUAUUACAGUCAGAAAUGUGGUUAAUAUUGCUCGACCCUCAAGCCAACAAUCUUCUUGGACUUCUACCAAUAAUGAUGUCAUUGUAACUGGCAUAUACAGUCCAGCCAGUUCAUCAAAUAGGCAAGGGACAACCAAGCAUACAAAUACACAACUUACAGAAGCAAAUAAAAUUCCCAUUCAGAAAGCAGCCAGUAAAAACGAUAAUGAGUUUCAGUUGCACAUUCCUGUUCAAAGACAAGUAGCACACUGUAAAAAUGCCUCCCUGCUCCUAGGUGAAAAAACCAUUAUAUUGUCAAGACAGACAAGCGUGUUAAAUGCUGGAAACUCAGUAUACAAUCACACAAAGAAAAACUAUGGAAGCUCUUCAGUUCAAGCUUCUGUAAUGACAGUACCUCAAAAGCCAUCUUUGUGCCACCGACCUUGCAAAAUUGAGCCAGUUGGGAUUCAAAGGUCAUAUAAACCUGAACAUACAGGUUUGGCAUCACAUAACUUAUGUGGGCAAAAGUCAAGUAUUAGAGACCCUUACUGUAGAACACAAAACUUGGAAAUUCGUGAAGUGUUUUCAUUGGCAGUCAGUGAUUAUCCCCAGAGAAUUCUGGGAGGAAAUGCCACACACAAGCCUAGCUCAGCAGAAGGAACUUGUUUGUCCAUUGCAAUGGAGACUGGAGAUGCUGAGGAUGAAUAUGCCAGAGAAGAAGAGCUGGCAUCAAUGGGAUCACAAAUACCAAACUAUUCAAGAUUUUAUGAAAGUGGCAGUUCCCUUCGAACUGAGAACCAAAGUACAACUUUGCCCAGACUAGGAAGAAAUAUGCCAAAUUCACAAGUAGUGAAUGUUAACGAUUUGUCAGAUAAUGUACUGUAUCAAAACAGAGACUACCAUUUGACACCACGGACCUCAUUACAUACAGCAUCUACUACAAUGUACAGUAAUGCAAAUCCUUCAAGGAGUAAUUUUUCUCCACAUUUUGCAUCAUCAAACCAAGUGAGGUUAUCACAAAACCAAAACAAUUACCAG